AUGAAGCCCCCAAAAAGUGGACAGGUGGGCUCCAUUAACACCCCAUUGAUGGUGAGAGCAGAACCGAAGGAAGAGCAAUCUAUUGAUUUAAUUGGAAAGAAUGAAGUUUAUGGUGACACCAGGCAUGAAGUGAAUGUGUACGUUAAGGUGUUCACGAACAGCCCAUUCCUGGUCUGUAUGGACUUGGCUCUUUCUCAAGAAAGAGUAAUAGAUCCCAACUAUUUGUGGAUUGGUCCAGAUGGAAGAGAUUUACAAGGGCAAGGAUAUGUGAAUCUGACAGAGUCAGGGAAGCUGAUGGUGAUGGGUUUCAUGGUGUCGAUGUCUGGUGCCUACACUUGUACUCUCUCCCACAGAGUCAUCGAAACUACAACACAGGAAGAAACAGAAAUUGUUGAAGCUUAUAAAUUCAUGGUUUAUGCCUACAGGGAAGCUGACCAUGCCUAUCAGGUGUCUGUUCGCUUUAGAACAGUGCACUGCAGACUGAAAAUCAACGACUUGUUCGUCGACAAAUUAGCCAAAAUCCUCAGCAGCACCAUCUCCUACCUGAACUGCCACAUCACAGAGUCGUCCUACAAGUGCCACUCUAUCAGGACACCAAAGAACAGCCUCCAGUAUGAGCUGUUUGUUAAUUUUCUAGUCAAUCCAUUUGUACCAGAAUGGGAAGAAUUUUGCCACAAGGAUCCUUACGAUUGUGAAGAUGUGACAAACAGGAAAGUCCGACAGGCAGCAGAGCGAAUUGGGAAGUUUUUCCAUCAGCUGAGGCACGAUUUGAAGCAUGAGUUUCCCACUGUUCCUACAAUACAUUAUGUGGACAACAGCUUUUCCAUGACUCCCAUCGACAGCUGUCGUCCAGGUUUUGGGAAAAACCACCACACCCACCAGAACUGUGCCAGCUGCUGCGUGGUUUGUGGUCCUGGAACUUACAGUCCCAACAAUGAGGUGACGUGUCGGACCUGUGCCAGUCCUCAAGCCAGAAUGUACGGAGCAAAAUCCUGCUAUUAAACUGGCAGAGACUGGAAAACCAAAAAGCAGCUGUGAAAGAA